AAACAAUUCAAAAACUAUUUUACUAAAACAAACAAAAACACAACACAAAAGCAAUGGCGACGGAGAAAAGCAAGAUUCUGGUGAUCGGAGGAACCGGUUACAUCGGGAAGUUCAUCGUAGAAGGCAGCGCCAAAUCCGGCCACCAAACAUUCGCUCUCGUUAGAGAAGCCUCUCUAUCCGAUCCAGCCAAGGGCAAAAUGGUCCAAAAUUUCAAAGAUCUUGGCGUCACAAUACUAAAUGGAGAUUUAAGCGACAAGGAGAGCUUAGUGAAGGCCAUUCAACACGUUGAUGUAGUCAUCUCAACCGUUGGUCUCUCUCAACUCAUGAACCAGCUCAAUAUCAUCUCUGCUAUUAAAGAAUCUGGCAAGCAUAUUAAGAGAUUCUUACCGUCUGAGUUUGGAAACGAUGUGGACCGGACGUUGGCGACUGGACCAGCGAAGUCUGAGUUUGCAAUGAAGACUGAGGUCCGUCGUGCUGUUGAAGCUGAAGGUGUACCGUACACGUACGUUAUAAACAAUUGCUUUGAUGGCUAUUUCUUAGCUACACUUGCUCAGUGUGAAACCAGACUCACUUCUCCUCCUAGAGACAAAGUCACCAUCUAUGGUGAUGGUAACGCUAAAGCUAUUCUAAACAAAGAAGAAGACAUUGCUGCAUACACCAUGAGAGCCGUUGAUGAUCCAAGGACUCUCAACAAGACUGUCUACAUCAACCCUCCAAAGAAUAUUGUCUCACAGAACGACGUCGUUGCCUUGUGGGAGAGCAAGAUUGGUAAAACUCUUGAGAAGACUUACGUUUCAGAGGAAGAACUCCUCAAGAAAAUCCCACAGUCUCCCCAUCCUCUAGAUCUUCUUUUGGCUUUGAAUCAUGCCAUAUUUGUGAAAGGAGAUCAAACCUGGUUCACAAUAGAGCCUUCCUUUGGAGUGGAAGCUUCUCAGCUUUAUCCUGAUGUCAAGUACACAAGUGUCGAUGAGUAUCUCAACCAGUUUGUGUGAGAAAAGAGACCCUCUUCACCUUGGUAGCAAGCAUUUACUUUUGUAAAAUGAGAGAUUAAUGACCAUUGGUCUGUAAUAGUACUAAAUUGAAUAAGACAUAAUAUAUGAUUGUUUAUUGCAUCA